UCCUUGAACAGUUUAACGGCUGAUUUAAGACCACACGUGCAUUGCAUACGUUAGCUUCUUAAUUACUUUUUUAUGCAAAUCAUUUACAUCAUCUUUUCAAGUGGAAUUUUUUAUCAAAAUGUUAUAAAUACAGACGUAAAGUACGAAAGACCCAUUUAGGAUUUGGAAUCUUUCGGCGAAAUGGUUGAACUGUUGAAGCAUGGAAAUAUGUAAGCACCAAGUGUUAAAAGAAAUGGGGUCGAUUGAGCCGUAAAAGGAGGAGAUAAAGAUGACAGCAUACCUGUACAGGUAUUUUGGAUCAGAACAGGCACUCACCUGAAGGUCUACAUUUUCAAAUUUCAAGAUGGACGGAGAUAAGAUAUUGGAGAGUCUGGGCCGUUUUGGCCUAUUCCAGGUCCUCUUCUUUCUGUGUGUGUCCUUUAUCUACAUGAGAGGAGCCUGGCCAGUGAUGGCCAUUCUGUUUCUGGGAGGAGACCCGGGUCAUCACUGUACGGUGCCUGUAAAUGAAUCAGUGACAGCCAUUAUUCCUCUGGACUCAAACGGAGAUUUUGAGAAAUGUGUGAUGAAAGCUCCAACCCAAAAUCAAACCAAGACAUGUGAUCAAGGGUGGACAUAUGGAAGCGAAUUUGAUUCGACUAUUUUAACAGAGUGGGACCUGGUGUGUGACAAUAACUUUCUGGUGGAUUUGUCCUCCACGAUCUAUAUGGUGGGGAACACGCUGGGGGCCCUAUGUCUCACGCCGCUCUCGGACAAGUUUGGCAGGAAGUGGGUCAUUCUGGGCAUGCUCUGGAUACAAGGGGCCGUCGGCAUAGGAACAGCCUUUGCCAGCAGUUACGCCAUGUUCACUGUGUUAAGAUUUUUUAUUGCCGUACUAAACAUGGUAUGUUUUAUACAAUAUUCCUCUUUAUAUUUUAAACAUUUUAGAUUGUUCUUCUUAGUUAAUUAUUUACAGUUAUUUGGUAAUUAAAUUUAUUUAUACCGAACAAGGUAAGAACUUUAAACAGGUCGAGGUCAAUUGAAAAUAG